AUGGAUUCCGACUCGCCCAAGCCCAAGUCCGCGGUCCCCUCACAUAUGAUGAACGGCGGAUCCCCCCUCAGACUUACCACCGAGGCGCGCGACAAGAAGGAGCGAGAACACCUCUUUCAUGCUAUAGCGACGUCCAACCGGGGUCGCCAGCCAGUAAACUUUGACGGGCCGACUAGCUACUUCCCCACGAAGUCUUCCGUCGCGAACAUGCACACUGACAACCGCCAUGUCAUGGCAAAUGGUCAAGUAGACGCCGAGGACCCUUUCGAGGGUACCGUUGCGCAGACACCACUCGCGACCAGCCGGGCCCACAGCCCGUACACGCAGCACCCCACCAUCGACUUCGACGGGCUUAGCUGGCCCAGCAAGGGCACGCGGGAGAGGAAGGAGGCAACCGAAGAGGAGAAGGCGGCGAACCUCAAGAAGCUGUCUGGCGCUGUCAGGACUAUGCUCGAGUGUCUGGGCGAAGACCCCGACCGUGAGGGGCUGCUCGACACACCAGAGCGCUACGCGAAAGCGUUGCUCUUCUUCACAAAGGGUUACGAAGAGAACCUGCGCGACAUCGUCAACGGUGCUGUCUUCCACGAGGACCAUGACGAGCUCGUCAUCGUGAGGGACAUCGAGAUCUUCUCCCUUUGCGAGCACCAUCUGGUUCCCUUUAUGGGCAAGAUGCAUAUCGGCUACAUCCCGAACCGCCGCGUGAUCGGUCUGUCCAAGCUCGCUCGUAUCGCCGAAAUGUUUGCUCGCCGUCUCCAAGUACAAGAGCGCCUCACCAAACAGGUCGCUCUCGCCCUCUCUGAGAUGCUUCAACCACAAGGUGUCGCAGUUGUAGUCGAAUCGAGCCAUCUCUGCAUGGUCAUGCGCGGCGUUCAGAAGACGGGCGCAACAACAACUACAAGCUGCAUGCUCGGAUGCAUGCGGUCACGAGACAAGACCCGUCAGGAAUUCUUGAACCUUAUCAACAGGCGGUAG